AUGUACACACCUUUUUGGUCGUUUUCUAAUCCAUUUUUUGAUUCUCUGAUUCACCCAUUCCAUGAUAUCUUCCAAGAAAUUGAAGAAAAUGCCAAAAAUGGUUUGAAUUUGCUUCAAGAAAAAAUUUCUUUCGAUGAAAUCAAUUCUUUGGACCAAAUUGCCAGUACUCAGUUUGAGAAUAUGUCCUUGUCCCAUUUAACAAAUGAUGAGAAUUUUUCUUUAGAGGUUAAAACAAAGGAAGAUCAAUCCCCUUUCGAUAGUUUCUUGGAUUAUGGAAAUUCAAAUCCGCAUGAGAUUUAUGAUGGUGCUGCUGAAUCUACAAUGAAGUUCAUGCAUAGGAGUUAUAGCAGCAAUUCUUUUGAAAAUGAACCGAAUUUUCUAUUUCAACCUCUAUUUGAUAAUGUUUUUGAGUCUCAAAAUUUGCAAAAUGAUAUGCUGAAUUCCCCAGAAAGCAGUUUCUCUUCUGGUCAAAUGAGAAGGGUUUGUGGCACUGGAGAUUUACAGAUGAAAGCAAAAAUGCAAGCCAGAAAUUUGUCGUCUUCAAGUCCAUUAUCAAACGUAAAGUCAUUGAAUGAAGAAGCAAAUGUUAAAGCCUGGCGGUACACUGCAGAAAAGAGGAAAGAAAGGAUUGAUAGGUACAGAGCAAAGAGAACUAAAAGAAACUUCAACAGGACAAUUAAGUAUGUGUGCCGUAAGACGCUGGCCGACAAUCGACAAAGAAUAGGUGGAGGAUUUGCACGCAAUGAUGAAGCAUGCCGUAGGAGUAUAUGUAGUUUAUGGCACCUGGCUGCUGCUGCUAGGUACACGGUCAUAAAAAUAGUAAUGCUCAUCAGUAACAGGAACGUAGCUAUUUCGGCCAACAAAACAGAACCAUGCAUAUACCGCCAAGAAGUUCAAGCGAGAUAUCCAUUAGCGCCAUGGGCCAGUGUCAUGGUCGGAACUUCAGCUUGGAUCCUUACCGUAACUUUAGCUUAG